AGCGCGGAGGAGGGGCCAGGUGCUCGGCCCGGCGCUCGGGGCGCUGCCCUGCUGCCCUGCUGCCCCGCCGCCCCGCCGCCCCGCCCGGCCGUGGCUGCCCCACACGGAUUCAGCCCCCUUGACACCAAAGGAAGGCUCGAGUUUGCUUAAACCGGGCUAGUAAAAUGUGUGCACAGAGAUGUGUGCCUUUCGUAACUGUUAGAGUGCUUCAGGCCCUCUCCUUGCACCUAUGUCUUAAAGAUAGCUUUGACUGAUCAAAUUAUAAAUCAUCCCUUGAUUGUCCUCAGAACUACUUACCUGUUCUCCGAGUAUCUGUGUAGAAGUUUUCUAUUGUCUUCUUGUGCUUUUCAGAUUUGGAUGGAGUCUCAAUAUCUGAAACAAUGCCUGGGAAGUUGCCUGAAGAAGGGACUGGCAGAAGUUGUAGAGCAUCGGCCAGCAGAUCCAAUAGAGUAUCUUGCACAUUGGAUUUACAAUUACAGAAGAAAUUUAGAUGAAGAAAAAAAGAGAAUGCUGGAGAGAGCUGAGCUGGAACAAGAACGGGAGGCAGCUCUAGCAGAACUUGAAAGGCUAAAAAUCCAGGAAGAAAAGCAGCAGAAACUUGAAGAACAACAUCAGGCUCAGCUGGAGGAAGAACAUGCAGAGUUGGAAGCAGAGAAUGAAGAAGCUGAAAUGCAGUUGCAGCAGGAGGAUCAAGAGGAAAAUGAAAAAUCAAUAGCUGAAGUUACAGAUAGACCUGGAACACCUACUUCACCCAAAGCUGAGGAGCCAGAUGAGAGUGAACCAAGUCAAACAAGUCUCCCAUCAAUAACAGAAGAAGAAAGUUAGAGCUGACAUGAAAGCAGUAAAUAUGUUUUCUACUCAUUACUUGCUGAUCCUGAAGUGUAAUAUCUUGAUUUAUGUAUUUUAUAAAUAGAAUUGAUUUACAUACCUGUUUUUCCAGUGUCUGUUUUUUAAGGUGUUCGUAUAAAGUCUGUUAAUUCUGACACUGAUUCUUCCUUUUUGUUCUUAAACCAUUGUCGCUAGCAUGGCUGACUUGCAGGAAGAAAACUGCAGCUGAAGUGAAAGCAGCAAAUAUAUUUUCUACUUAUUGCAUAUCAAAGUAGCCAUAAUAAAUACAAAUAUAAUGUGUCAAUAUGAUUUGAAGAUAGAUGCUACAAUAUGAGAGGUUGAAUCAAUAUUAAAAUAGUAAAAUAUUUUUGAAAAUGAUUUUCCAAGAAUUUGAAUGGUUUCUGAUAGAAAAAGGGAAUGCUCUACAGAUUAAAAGAUGGUGAGAGUAUUCUGGAUGUCAAAUUUGGUGCAAAAAUCCAAUCAGAUUUCCCAAAUGUAUUUGAAAGAGGCAAAUUUAACUCUGAGUCAGUAUGCACAAGAAGAUCUUGUCUUCUGGAAGUCAUGAGGUGGACUUUGUAACACAAGGUGUUUGCUCUAGGCUUUAUUAUUAGAUAAAUAUAUUUAUUAUUAGAUUUAUUAUUAGAAUCUUUUUAUGGGUAUUGUGGGCUACUAGGUAAGCUGCAAUUGUCUGUAUAUUAGUUUUGAUUAGUCAAGUUAAGACUUUUCUGCAUUUUUCUUGAAUUCUUAAAUCAAGAAAUUAAAUCUGUGUUCUCUACUAAAUACCGUUAUUAUUUCUCAAAACUUCACUUCUAAAAAUUUAGAAGAAUAUUUAGCUUGAUUCAUGAUUAUCUAGAAAAAAAAAUUCUAUAAUCCUAAAAGAUGCAUUUUUACAAGAACAGAUGUUUGUAAUCACUGGUAUCUUGGUAUAGGUUGUCAAGAAUGUUCUGUGUCUCUUCACUGUAAAUGGAAAAGACAUCAGCAUUAAGAAAUCCUGUGCUUCUUCAAUAAAAUGUGCCUUUGAAUCUGUCUUCUACUACAGGUUAGAUGGCUAUGGCCAAUAUUGUGUAAUGGAAAUACCUUUCGUUACAUAAUCAGUGCGUAGUUAAUGCAUUUACUGCAUCCUUCAGUCUUGGGAUGAAAGAUUUUUCUGAUAAUUUCACUUCAGUUUUUUAAUAGUAUUGCUGAGUCUAAGGGGUUUGCUGUCCUUGGCAAACUUAAAAAUACCUAUACACUCAACAGACAAGGGUCAAUCACAUAGUAAAUGUCUUCCUGCUCUGAACAUUUUGAUCACAUAGAGCAGACUAAAAAUAAUCUUAGUAAAUUUUAAAAACAUGAGCACUUGAUUUUUCAUAUAGUAAUAUAUUAUUUUUCCCCUUAAAGAUAAAGUACCUUUAUUAAAAAAACCCUGUGCCCAUUUUAUUGCUACACUGCUUUUUGGAUGCUGUUAAUAACCACACCUUAUAUGAGCAUCCUUAAAGUCAAAAGAGCAAAAUGUCACUUACCAGGCAUAAAUACUUAGAAAUGGUUGUGUAACUUUUGGAGUCAUGAUAAAUUGAACUACUUUUGUGUCUAAGUGGUCAGGCUUUACUAUCUACGUUAAUUCUGAUUGGUUUGCAAUUUCUAUGAUAGUCAAAAGCUUUCCUGUGGCAUGAAUACACCCAUGUGGUUAGUGUUCUAGUGAACAGAUUUUGGCACAGCUUACAAUUAUAUUUGUUAUUACAUGUUACGUUUGUUAUUAGUGUUAAUAUUUAGAUUAGCACUUCAAAAACUGGUAACUCAUGUCCAUUUACACUUAAUGUCCAGUCAUGUUGACCAUGAAAAUGUAAAUCAUCAUUUAGUCUUCAAAAGGCUGUAAACUAUCAUACAGCCUGCAAAAUGUAGGACACUAUUUUAAAACAUGCUAGAAAUUAAUGCUAAUUACAUGUUGCUUUCAUUUUCUUAUUGGUCCAUACUGUUUGUAUCUUUGUUUGAUUUUGUUAUAUGUGUGUCCACUAGAGUGCAUCCUAAAUAAACACACUGGGAGCUCUGUCAAUUAUAGCCCAUGAAAACUAC